CGUAGUGCGCAGGCCUCUCUCCUUAGGUCGCCAUAUUGGAUCUCUGCAGCCAAAAAGCUCAGCCGAGUCUGCACAAAAAUGCCCCUCUUUGGAUUUUUCAAGCCGGUCAAAGUUGCCAGGGCGCAGGAGGCUGACGAUGAGUUGGUUGACCCUCAAACCUUGCUAAGGGGAAAGUGCAGCGAGGAAGCUGGCAUCGCUGCUCUAAAGGAACGGUAUGAAGCGUGCAAUGACCGGGUCAACAGCAAGAGUCGCACGACCGAAACCUGUGUUGAGGAACUUAGCGAUUUUCUUCACGCCCUGGACGCUUGCGUAACCAAGACCUUGUUCAGCCAUCUCAAGUAGAAGAUCAAGUCAUUGUUCCACUGUUGUUGAUUUAUGUACAUAAUAGUUCAUUACAAAAAUAUACCACGAAUGGUUUAAGACCAA